AGCGAACUGAUUUUCAAUGCAUAUUGAUUGUUCUUAUACCGUACAAAGAUCAAAAUGCAGGAACUAAAGUUCCAAUCUAUGCCUAAUUUCAGGCGAUUGUACCCAACAGAAGAAGAUGACAAUAAUAGGACACCGAUCGGAAAGGUCUACAGAACAUCCAGGCCGGAUUUUCUCACAUCUGAAGAAGCAGAAGUUGUAAGAGACAAGCUUGGAAUAAAAUCUAUAAUCGACUUCCGAUCCUCAAAUGAAUAUACGAACAUAGCCAAUGGGUCCAAGGUUCUUGAUACAGACUACAAAGUUUAUAAAAUCAAGAUUCCAUUUUUAAAUUUCAAUCAGAAACCAUUGAAAGCAGUCGCAGCUAAACAUCUACCAAGGAAACGCUUCAGGAAAUCAGAUGAAAAUUGUAGUCGUCGUCAUUUCCUCAUUGAUUUCUUCAAGCUCAAUUAUAUAUGGCUUAUAUACAGCAGAGCACCUUUGAUUACAAAGGUAUUCUCUUUGGUAUACCUAAUCUAUGAUGCAAUAUUCCGAACAGGCUUUAGAUACUUUGUCCGUCCAUUCGCCAAAGCUGUUCUAAAUCCAAGGGGUAUUUUAGGACAGUAUAAAGACAUUAUUGAACAAAGCCAGAAUGGUAUAUGUGCAGCUUUAAAACUGUUAUCUGACCAAGAGAACAUUCCAGCAAUGAUCAACUGUGCCCAUGGUAAAGACCGGACUGGAAUAGUAGCAGCUCUUCUGUUAGCAAUCAUGGGAAAAUCUAAAGAGUACAUAGCUUAUGAAUAUAGCCUCUCAACAGAAGGCCUCAAGCCAAUGUAUGAGCGUGCCUACUCAGAGAUAGUCGAUAGGUUCCACAUGAGUGAGACAUUUGUCACAGCUGAGGCAGAAACCAUGUAUGGUCUCCUUACUUAUAUAGACAAUGAGUAUGGAUCUGUAGAGAACUAUCUCACAUAUAUAGGAUUUGACAAGAAUGACCAGGCACAGUUACGAAGAGUCCUUUCUGAAUCUGAUGCUGACUCUGAGACUAUAUAAUCUGAACUUUA